UCACUCCUCAGACUCUGACCACAACUCCACCUUACCUACACUGUAGAAUAUAUCCUCUCUCCCCCUCCCUCCCUCCCCGUCUCUCUCUCUUUCUAGUCUCUACCCUCCCCGCUCCCUCUCUCCCUCUCCCCUUCCCUCUCUCUCUCUCUCACUCAUGGAAAAGAGUCAUGGCCAAGAGACCACCACAAGCCACCACCUAACACUCCCACCCGGCCUCACCCAGGAAGAUUUCCUCGAGCUAAACCCCCUGAUAACCGAGUUCCACACCUACACCCUCACACCCUCCCAAUGCUCCUCCCUCCUCUCCCAACGCAUCCACGCGCCCCCACACGCCGUCUGGUCCAUCGUCCGCAGCUUCCACAAGCCCCAACUGUACAAACACUUCAUCAAAAACUGCACCGUCAAGCCCACCUUCACAAUGACCGUCGGCGACACACGCGACGUCAACGUCAUCUCCGGAUUACCGGCUGCCACCAGUACCGAGAGGCUCGACAUACUCGACGAUGACCGACACGUCACGGGGUUCAGUAUCAUAGGAGGCGAACAUAGGUUAAGGAAUUACAGGUCCGUGACGACAGUGCAUGGAGUGGAGCGUGAGGGGAAGAUGUUGAGCGUUGUGUUGGAGUCGUACGUGGUGGAUGUGCCGGAGGGGAACACGGAGGAGGAUACGAGGUUGUUUGCCGAUACGGUGGUGAAGUUGAAUCUGCAGAAGCUUGCGGUUGUUAGUGAAGGAAAGUCUGAAUAAUCUCAAUAACAUUUCUCGCAACUAGAGAAAAUGUUUAGUGCAUUAUGUAUGAAAUGUCACAUGCAAUGUGCAUCAUUUACAUGCUUUGCAAUUUGAAAAUGUUCGCAGAGUCGGUUUUCUUUUCGA